AUGGGUGAAACUGAAAGACCGGUGCGGAAAAGCACACCUCCACCUCCGUAUAGCCCCGAAAGACCACCACCACCCUAUUCGAAGAUGAUUAAUGUAAGACUGGACGAUUUAAAUGCAAACGAAAUCAAAGCAAAAGAAGAAAUGACUUGUAAUGCGCUUCAUCUUCCAUGUACACCGUUUUCUAACGGAUCCAUUACCUCUGUUGUUCAUCCACGGCUGGUUUCAGCUCCUAUUAACACUUCAGAAGGUAUCAAUCCAGCUUCCGGACCAAGUAAUGCAGCAUUUGCGAUCGCCAAUUAUACUGUUAAGAAGGCAAUAACUGCGGAGCCACAUGACGAAUUUUGUCCCAGGUGUCAGUGUCGAAUACGUACCAAGCAAAGCCAUAAAUCGGGUCGUCUCACAUGGUUACUUGUAUUUAUUAUCCUUAUUUUAUUUUUUCCAAUAGCAUUUGUACCAUUUCUAAUUGAUUCCUGUAAAGAUGUAUGCCAUUAUUGUCCUAAAUGUAAUAUGUUAUUGUCCGUUAAGAAACGAUUCUUCUUCUGA